AUGAGUAAAGAAAAAGAGCAAAAAAUUAGCAUACGUGAUAUACUGAACAAAAAGCCACAGCUCACGCAAAAGACGCCGCUAGAUUUUUUCUUUGAGGAUCUGGAUGACCAUGUAAUUACUCCAAUAAACGAAUUUGAGUUUGACUCGGCUUGUCAUUCUUCCAUUUAUCAGGUUUUGGGAUGUACAAAUAAUAAUGGGUUUGUUGCGGUGCUUUUGCAAAGUUUUGAAAAUUUGCAUAUUGAAGUACUUGAACAGCAAAGGACGCUCGCUCAAAACAAAAGUGAUUUAUUGCCCAUCUCAUUGCAUGAUAUGAAGUACGUGGAUGAACUAAUAAAUCUUUUGAUUAUUCACGGUAUAGAUGCCAAUUUGUCUUCAGCAAUGAAAAUUCCGUUCGAUUCGAAAAGAUUGAAUGCUUUCAAGAAGGGCGAAAAAAACACACAAUAUGAAACUCCUCGAGGGCAUAUCAUAAACAGUGAUACAUUAUCUCAAGUUAUAAUUGUAUUUUAUAAUAUUCUGACCGAUGAAAAGUCCUCUGACUAUUUGAGAAGUAUAAUUUUAAAGGGCAGUGCGUAUGCGAACAUUUUCUUGGGUUUAAAUGUACUACACCUGCAGUUUCCCAACGAGUUCACUUCACAAAUGAUUACAAAACUAGAAAGUUCUCAAGAAACUUAUAUUUUAUUUACGGUGUAUACUUUACUAGUCGAAACAAUUCAGGAUGGAAAGACAAGGGAAGUAAUACUAUCAAGGCUAACAACUCUAACCUUACGCAGACCAGAAAACGGCCUGAUCAGCUUAAUUGAUUUUAUCUUGGGUGUAAGAGAUGCAGAAGAUAUUGAUAUCGAAAAGUUUAAUCGUAUCUACCAGAUUUUGAUGAGCAAACCGAAAACAAUGACAAACUUGCAAUAUUUGACCGGAUUGUUCGAACAAAUUUACGACGGCCUCACUUAUGUGAACAGACCUGUCCUAGUCACUUGUUUGAAUGGAUUAAUCUCCAAGUUCUACACGAGGAAUAAGAGAAUUGUACAAGACUUUCUUUUCAAAAAAAUCUACUCCAUCAUUUUCAAUCAUCCGUUGCGCGAUCAUUCGGCAAAGAAACUGAAUGACGUUAUCAACGUUCUCAUAUCGUUGUCUAAAAAUUCUUCGACGGAUUUACUCAAUGAUUUAGUUACAGGUCACCCCAACGAAUAUGGCGCUUCUGGUCAAUUUUUUUUGAAUAUAUGGAUAUAUGGACUAUUUUUGAAGAAAACCCAAAAAAUUAACCCGUUAAGAGUAAAUGAAUUAUCUAUUUCGGAAGAUAAAAGUUCACAACGAACAAAUUUGUCAAGCGAACCUUCUUCAAAUUACUACCAGGUUGUCUUAUCAUUAUUAAAGUCCUUAAUAGUUACAACAGGAAAUUAUCAGAACCUAAAUCUAUUGAGUCUGAACCUGCUCAAUUUAGAGCAUGACAAAUGGAGGUUUUUGAUUAAUUUAGACACCCAUCUACCCUACAUAUCAGUUAAAAAUCCGAAUACAGCGCAGUUACUCUCCGACAAGAGUUCGAAGAAUGGUCAGAUGUCUGAAUUUUUCCGAGAUAUGGACCUUUCAGUAGAUCUGUUUAUGGACUUUCUAAUACUGAUAAAUGAUGAUGAACAAUUGAAGAUUCUGUUUUUGGAAAUUUUGAAAAGAUGGGUUCAUCAUACGAGGGAAGGCGAGAAAAAAUCCUUAACGGCUCUGCGUAAGAUAUCGGAUGUGUCAGAUAAUGCACUGGUGCUCAUGGACUUGAAGAUUUUGGAACGUAUGAACGAACAAUUUAAAUCAAAUUUUGUAAACAAGCCUAAAGAUAUCCUUAUCGUCAUUGAUCAAUUGCUUGAUAUAGUUCAAAGAAAAGAUGAAGCACAGAAAGAAGAAGCUGAUUCAGAUGAUGAAGAAGAAGAAGAAAAGGAAGAAGAAGAAGAAGAGGGAAUGAAAGAACCAGAUUUAAAGGAGGAUUCUGGCUUCAUGAUUAUCUUACGAUUAUUGUCUACUGUCCUUUCAGAAUCUACCAACAAUAUAUUAUCGCAGAAUAGCCAUAUAUUAGAAUCCAUCUGCAGAAAAUUAUCUUCUUUCAACACUGAUGAUUCUGAAGUGGAAAUAUUGUUGAAAUCGAUAGAUGAUAUUUUGAUCAAAAAGUCCACAAUAAACACCAGCGAUAACAAAGAAAUUGACAUGGACAAGGACAUUCUGGAUAAAGCGAUGACUAAUCUAAAUGAUCCUUUGGUUCCCAUAAAAUCACUUGGGUUAACAGAGCUACGGAAACUAAUUGAAAAGAAGUCUCGAGUAAUUUCACUGGAAAAUGUGUUGCAAAUACAUUUAGAUUAUUUGAAGGAUGCAGAUCCCUUUAUCUACCUUAACGUCAUUAAAGGACUUACGAUGUUAUGCGAGUCAGAACCGGAAAUUGUCUUACCUUUACUUGUUCAGUUUUACGCAGAUAAGCAGAAGAAGAAUAAAUUAGAUAACGUGCUGAAAGUCGGCGAGGUAUUUAUCAAUUAUAUUCAACGUCAAAACCAACUGUUUCAGGGUGAAAUGGCGUAUUUGAUUAUAGAUACCUGUCUUGACAUCGUCAGACCAAACGAUAACGCACCAUUGGAUAACAGACGGCGUAUGUCGUCUAUGUCAAUCUUGGGCAUGUGUCUUCAAACCAAUGCUAGGGGCCUCCCAGACAGGAUCCGCGAUAUGUUGGAUUGUGCAUUUGGAAUACUGCAAUUAGAACAGCCACGUAGACAUUCGGAGGACAAGGAUAAUUCUUUUCUAAUGAGAAGAAGUGCUGUACAUCUGAUACACGACUUUCUGUACAGCACAGGGCUCGAAAUGCUCCCCUCUGAGUAUAAUUACGACCAGUUAAAGAGGCUUUUGUCUUACGUGCAUGACCAAGACGAAGAUUACUUGGUCUGUGGGCAGGUUAACAAGCUUCUGACCGUGAUAGACAGUUUGUAG